GUUUGCUUACCCUUCCCACUCCUUCCCAUUUGGUGGUGAGUCCCGAUGGCAAUACUACCACGUUGGAACAGUCCGCACCCUACGAAGUAUUCGUCACCAGCUCCAUAAACGCCAACAUUCAGUUCGUCACUUCAGUCGGCACGAAUAUUGACGUGGAUAUUGACUACAGGUUCUACUUUCCAGUCAACGAGAAUGGUUUCACAGAGCUUCGAGGAAAACAGGGAUUCUUCUGCUCGCCGGAAAUCUCCAUCACUACGCCUCAAUUAUACAUCAUCAAUCUCGAUUUUGCAAAUGCAUCGCUUUUUGAUUGGUCAAUAAUUCCUUAUCGAUGGAUGAAAAUAAACGCUUCAUUCGCCAUAAAUGAUUCGCCUUACAACGACAACAUGAAUUGCAACAACUUCUCGGUUCAGUAUGAAGAAGAAAACUCGGGUCAAAUCAAAUCAGCUUGUGCGGAACAUUCCUUUUUCGUUACUUCAUCUUGGACGAACAUACUUUACGUAACAUUUAUCAACACUACAAACACUCCAAGUGGCGCGGUUGUUAAUUAUGAACAAAUUUGCGACUACGAUUUUCAGUUGGACUCGGGUUUUGUAUUCUCGCCGGAACACCCCGCAAAUGUUCCUGAAGAUAUUUUGCCGUUGGAUUUUUGCGUUUACACAAUUCGUUCGGAGUCUAACAAUCUAGUUGCCGUUGUCAUUGAAUUCGAUAAUUCUACUAUAGUAAAUUACAAUUUUGACGUCAACUUGGAAACAAAAACAAUAACAAUUGGUUCCUCUGGGUCUAGUCUCGUUUCUAACUAUUCGGUUUUCUAUUUCUCGGAAUUCACGCUUCAAACUGAUCUCCCGAAUAACGGGAACGAAACGCAGCCGUUCGGGUUGCAAUAUCGGUUUAUCGCAAGUUCGACUGUUCAAACUUAUCCGAGAGAAACUACUAUAGAGUGGUCCAAUCGAGUGAACCAGUUCAGAUCCAGUUCGCUUUCCAGUCCAUUCUUUGUCCAGUUUGAAAUCAAGUCCAGAGAUGUUGGCUUUAUGGGUCAAUUGAUGAGACAUAGUUUUGAAAGCGAUGAUUCAGAGUUUUACUUUGAAGACAUCAAAACCUACGUCAGCAUGAAGUGUCCCUGUGACUUGUGGCCCCUGGAAAACACCACAUCCCUGAUAUCCUCCACUCAGGCGGUGUUCGCGAGGCAGACUGUGUGUAAUAACACUGUCGUUCCGGGUCUCCACCUGGAUGAGCUGAUAUUCACUCCUUCCGAGGGGGACUUCACCUCAGCUGUCGGACACAAUCAAUCGAUCGACGGAAGAUCCUGUCAGUGGACCAUAGCCACGACUUCUUCUAGAAACUUCUUAAUUGUGUCAGUUCAAGCAGUAACGUCACCGGAAGUGAGGGUUGAAGUCUCGACGGCUGAAGGAGAUGUGACCUCGAUGGAGUUAAAUGAAGUGACCGUAUUUGGAAGUAACCAACUCACUCUCGCAAUGAAUGAUGGGAUGAACGAGGCGGACGGGUUCGCAGUGUAUGUGUACCAGAGUUUUGUGCUUGAUCUUCCAGUAGUCGAGGGACAGUUCCUGGAAGUGAAGUCGCCUUGGGAUCCAGAACUCAUCCAGCCGUACUCUAACGUCACGUGGACUUACCAGGACCGGCUUUUUUCUAGAAAACUUUUCACUUUUAAAAAAUAA